GCUGAAUACGUGAAUAAAUUAAAUAUCCUUUUCUGUUACUUGAGGCGAUAUUUGCAAAACCAAACAAAGUAUUUUCUAAACAUCAAGAAAAAAAAAUGUUCAUCUAGAAUCUAGACCAGCGGUGUCCUGGUCAGUCCUGUAGGGCUGUUGUUUAGCAGAGUUUACAUUUAUGCAUUUGGCAGAUGCUUUUAUACAAAGCGACUUGCAUUGCAAAAUCCUAUACAUUUAUAUUUGGGCAUAUGCAAUCCCCUGGGAUCGAACCCACAACCUUGCGUUGCUCGUACCAAUGAGCUACAGGAAAGCUGUUGUUAAGCUUCAAUUUGGCUCAGCACACCUGUCUGGGAGUUUCUAAUCUGCUUAGAGUAGACAAAUGUGCCACAUGCUUUAAAAACAUAUUUUAUUUGGAUGGGAAAUGUAAAGCAUGACGCAACAAUUCUACUCCAGUCCACGUGGUGGCAGGAGCGCAUUUCGUUCAUCGAACGCUCCACAUGAAGCAGAAGAGUGACGCAUGUGGAAGGGAAUGCCGGGAAAUUGCUGUUUGUGUGAAUGAGAGUAGCCUUGUCGAACUACACGAGCAACACACUCUGUUUACAAUAAAUUAAUUUACAAAGUCAGAAAUGUCGGGAAGCGCAGGGGAAUGGUGUCUUAUGGAAAGUGACCCGGGAGUUUUCACAGAGCUGAUAAAAGGCUUCGGGUGCAAAGGUGCACAGGUGGAAGAGAUAUGGAGUAUGGAGCCAGAGAACUUUGAAAAUCUCAAGCCAGUUCACGGUUUGAUUUUCCUCUUCAAGUGGCAACCCGGUGAGGAGCCAGCAGGGUCUAUAGUUGAAGACUCAAGGCUGGAGCAGAUCUUCUUUGCCAAGCAGGUCAUCAAUAAUGCCUGUGCGACCCAAGCCAUCAUCAGUGUUUUGUUAAACUGCACACAUUCGGAUAUGCUUCUUGGGGAAACAAUGACAGAAUUUAAAGAGUUCUCAAACAGUUUUGAUGCCGCAAUGAAGGGUCUUGCUCUCAGUAACUCUGAAGUGAUUCGACAAGUCCACAACGGCUUCGCCAGACAGCAAAUGUUUGAGUUCGAUUCCAAAUCCUCUGCUAAAGAAGAAGACGCGUUUCACUUUGUUAGCUAUGUUCCUGUUAACGGUAGACUGUAUGAGCUGGAUGGACUUCGUGAAGGACCAAUAGAUUUGGGUGUGUGUAACCAGGAUGACUGGAUCGGGGCUGUACGACCCGUUAUUGAGAAAAGAAUACAGAAAUACAGUGAAGGAGAGAUUCGUUUCAACCUGAUGGCCAUCGUAUCAGACCGAAAGAUGAUUUAUGAAAGAAAGAUUGAUGAACUACAGGCUCAGCUAACAGAGGAAGAGCCAAUGGACACAGACCAGAGCGGAAAUCAUCUUAGCUCUAUCCAGACAGAGAUCGCCAAGUUUCAGCUCCUGAUCGAGGAAGAGAAUCAAAAACUUAAAAGAUAUAAAGUUGAAAAUAUAAGAAGGAAGCACAACUAUCUACCCUUUAUUAUGGAGCUACUGAAGACAUUGGCUGAAUAUCAACAGCUGAUACCAUUGGUUGAAAAGGCAAAGGAAAAGCAAAGUGCCAAAAAAAUACAAGAAGCAAAGUAAAGCUACAUUGUCAGACGCUGUUUUAUUUUAUGCCACGGAAUAACCUGACGCGCCGUUGUCACCCGUAUCCCGUAAAAGGAGCACCUGAAAGUGAAGUCGAAUGUUGUGCUUGCUGUCAUUUCCUUCAUGUUUGUGCAUGCAUGCGAAGAGAUGUUUAAAUAAUGUCUUAUUUUCAUAUAAAUUUCAUUUGUUAAGUAA